UUGUGACGAGAUAGUCCUUGGGUGCGGCCUGGGCUUAGAGGAAUGUGUUGUUGGUAUAUAAACGAGUGUCUUCGCCACUUAUAUCAUGUAUCUUUCUUGUCUUCUUCUUCAAGCAGCAGGCCGAGGACAACGCGCUAAGUAACAUCAACACCGAUUAGGCGAACACGUUCGGGAAGUCAAGAUUUGAGCUCUGUUUGGUCGAUGGCUUUCAACGAAAAUGGGAAGGUGCAAAAUGCCUGGGUGGAGUACCUACGUACGUCAACACAAGAAGCCGUGGACAGUUUGAGUGCUGUAUCAUCGAUACCGAAUGUGUUUACGCAGGGCCCGAUGUCUGCAGAAGACUCACCUCCCAUCAAUCCUGGUACUCCCGAAGACGUGUGGGUCUACGACGACGGUGACGGCACUGUUCUGGGCAUUCCCAAACGUGGAACCUGGCACUACAAUAGAAGAAGUCCGGGAUGGCCAGAGCUUCUGGGCAGACCGUACAAGGAAGCAAUUGAAACAAUAAUUUCGGAGGAAGUUGGGGUCAAUGUGAUUUUCGGACCAGCGGGAUUUGGGCGCAUAAAGAACAUCGAUAUACGCCGAGUGUGGUUGGACGUGGACAAAAACGGAAAUGUAGCGAUCGUUCCACGUCUUGGUUAAGUCCGAGCUCCAUUUGUAUAGCUAAAAUGUUCCUACAUGGGAUCAUGUCUCUGCAACCAGGUUGCAGAAGAACGUAGAUUCUCUUGAAAGAUCAUCCCAGAAGCAAAGGCUACAGACAUAUGCUCGUGCCUAUAUACUGUCUGCAUUAUUCAUGUACUGCCGGUGCAGUUUACAAUGCCAGUAAGUUGUAUAGGAAUUUUGUCUGUCUUCUCGUUCUUGUACGUUUUGUGUACAUGGUCCGUUCACUUUCAUGGUCCGUUCCCAAAAGCACUUAGGUUCUAUAUGUACUGAUAAUAUGUAACGAGUUUAUGGCAAGUUUAAACUUCUUUAGAAUAUCAACUUUUAGGUGAAAUUUUCAGCACUCAGAAAUUACAAGAUUUCAUUCUUUCCAUUUCCUUAUGGAUCGAAU